AAUGAAAACAAAAAUAUGUUCUGUCUAUUUUGUUUUCUUGUAGAGGAAGUGACCGAAGGGGAAUGGAGUAUUGAUGAAGCUACAAGAAAGCUUCAAUCUUCAGAAGCUGAAAACUACUGGAAAGUGGCCUUUGAAGAAGGUUUAAAUCUCGAUGAGAAAAUCCUGGAGGGUCAUUUGUGUAAAACGACGACCGAAGAUUUCAAAGUGAGAUAUGAUUUCACAUAUUUGACACCAUGUGGGCAUCAAGUGCGAUGCAAGGUAUGGGUGGCAAAAGCGGAUAUAAAUAAGAAAUUGGAGGACAUUCCAAUUCCUUUCAGCGACGUGAAGAAUAUCCUGGAGACAAUUCCCUUUGAGGACGAAAAAACACUGUAUACAUGUCGGGGAUGGCUAGUUCUUCCUUCUCGAAGAUAUUACAAGCCGACAUUUUGUUUCCAAGUUGUGAAUUUGAUUGCAGGUUAACUACUCGAGGACGAACAGGUAGGUUUGAAACGAAUAUAAUUUAGUAUCAUAAAGACCUCUGAAAUAUCAUCAAGUUAAGUCAAUU